AUGUCGAGCUCGGCGACCAACGCCUACAUCCGCCAGGUACUUCACCAUGUCGAGCCUCCUCCAGCAAUCGAUGCCCGCUUCUUCUACACUUCGCCAAUACCCAUCGAUGAUCCACUAUCUGCCUUACCACCAGCCAGCGGCGCAGGCGCAGCUGCGUCCAAACUCCCUCCGAAGCCUUUCUCAGUGUAUGACAACCGAGCACUUGACGAAUCGUGGCAGGCAUUGAGAAGAAAGAUUUUGAAGCAUAAUGAGGACCGAGGCGAGAAGGGGACAGUACCUGGGCAGAGGAGGACCUCCAAAGCACGCAGACCAUCGUCCGUGAUCAACCGUGACAAGGGACCCACAAGUCCGAAAUCUGGGACGCCAAACGUCAAGCCUGUGCGGUACUCCAGCUCUGGUCUUUCGCAACAUGUCGAGCGCGCAGAGGAUGACAAUGACGACGUGGACUCGGAUGCAGAAGGCUUCGGUGUAAGCAAUGCAGCAAGCCUGGCAACAGCCGAGUCGAGAACUUCUGGAACGCCUUUCAUUCGUGCUCCAUCCAAGAAAAAGGUGGAAACAAUAUCUGAGAGAGAUGAGCGGAAGCCACGCCCGAGGAUCAAGCAACAUGAUACUUACAUCUGGGACGACCCGUCGCACUUGGCUGAGCAUAGUCCUGCGCCGCAGCCAGAGCCGGAGGCAGAAUCGUUGCCCAAAGACACCGUUGCAGUUGGUGUAUCGAGACUCCACCAAGUCGAGAUGCCGAGCUUGCAAAUGGUCCCUAUUUACUGGACUCCCGUCAAUGACACUGCUCAAGUCAUCCGUGGCACCUGGUUCUACCAAGACAGCAUGCUUCCUGUGGAAGCUUCAGUCGCAAACAUGCUUGAAGCUGGAUAUCUAGAAUUAAAGGUGUGGACUGAGACAUGGAGAGACGAACUCAAUAGUGCAGUCGAGCAUGGCGCUUUGGGUGAGAUGAAAAUUCUGCACAAGCUUUGGCCUGAACUUCCACCAGCAGCAAAGCGUGGUGAGUCGAGUAGCCGGCCAUCGAGUCAAAGAGGGACGCUCAACCAAGAGGAGAACCUUUUGCGCGCCGCGACAGCAACAUUUUUCGAGAUCGAACCUGAAACCCCUGACCAGCAACGCGCUAAGAUUGUCGAGACUGCCUGCGACAUUAUCGAUGUGUCAACGGGGCCUGACGGUGCUGACAACAAGGCCAGCGGGGAGAGUUCUUACGGGCUCAAUGGUGUACCCAAGAUCUACUCCUCUUGUGGCGUCAUAUAUCAGAAUGAUCGAGAGGCACGGCUGCUCAAGCCAGCACAUUUUCCGUCAUCGUACUAUGGUCGCAGGCCUUUGGCAAAUUACAUUCGGAAAGGUCACAAGCUUGGAAUACCAGUCAUCAGAGGGUUUGACCAGCAGGCGUGGGACAAACUUAAUCCUUCCAAGAAUACACCAAAAGACACGCAAGCUGCUCGAGGUGUGACCACGUCAGCAUCCGGAGUUGAACCUGAAUCGAGAAGGCAGCAAGAUGCUGAACUUGCGCUUAGCGACCGACCCAAAGUGACAGAUCUGAUUUUCGUCAUUCAUGGGAUUGGCCAAAAACUCAGUCAGCGCAUGGAAAGCUUUCACUUCACCCACGCCAUCAAUGCGUUCCGACGGGAGGUCCAGUUGGAAUGCGGCAGCAAAGAUGUCAAGCCAAGCUUCCGCAAGGAUAUGGGUGGCAUUAUGGUAUUACCGAUCAACUGGAGACAAUCAUUGACCUUUGAAGAAGGUGGUUAUCGUCCUGACGCACCAGGCGGGACGAACAGCAAUUUAAAUCAAGACGAGUUUACGCUCGACGAUAUCACGCCAGACACGCUGCCGUCCGUGCGUGGAAUCGUGAGCGAUGUCAUGUUGGAUGUGCCCUAUUACAUGUCGCAACACCAGCCGAAAAUGAUUGCUGCUGUGAUGCGCGAGGCCAACCGGGUUUACUCACUCUGGUGUCAGAACAACCCCGGAUUCGCAGAGUACGGCCGUGUACAUAUAAUCGCCCACUCCCUCGGAAGUGUUAUGGCGAUCGACAUCCUGUCGAAGCAGCCAACCGAGGUCGAGCCCCUGAAAAGUGAUGAAUCCUCACAGCAGGGGGAUCCCGCUCCGGAAAUUGGUCAUUUGCUCUUCAAUACGCACAACCUAUUUCUUGCAGGUUCGCCGGCUGGUUUCUUUCUCCUCCUUCGGCGAGCACAACUUCGACCACGACUUCGUGCCACGUCUCCGAAAUUACCCGACAACGACAAAAUCUACGGCCAGCCUGGCGCCUAUGGCUGUAUCGCUGUGCACAAUGUCUACAAUCUCAUGAACGGAUACGAUCCAGUAUCUUACGCCAUGAACGCGGCAGUGGAUGUCCGCUAUGCAGCGUCCCUCAAGAAAUUCUUCCUUCCGACCAAUGUCCCAGGGUACUGGUUUUCUCCUGUUGGCAGCACUGGGCCUGGCACUCCGAGCACAAGCGCCAGCACCAGCACAGGCUGGUUCGGAGGCCGCCCUAGUCUCGCCACUAUGAGAUCCGCACGUGGGUUGGAAUUGCAGCAUCAUGAGACCAUGGCUGUAGCGCGAGAGCGCAUGCUCGCAUUAAAUGACAACGGACAAAUCGAUUAUUUCAUCCGAUACGGCGGGGGCCUGUUGGAGAUUCAAUACCUCACGAUGCUCGGUGCGCAUAGCGCAUACUGGGGAUUAAAGGAUUUCAUCAGGGUCAUCGUCAUGGAGACUGGCCGCAAGCCGGGUGUCGAGGGAGCUCUGGGUGGACUGCGGGCGGUCAGGAAAAAAGAGAAGGAGAGCAAGAAGUGA